CGGCCGAGGUUGCGGCAAGACCGCGAAGGGGGAUCCGCUCGCCGAUUCGCGCCCCCCGCCCGCCUCUGAACCCGCCCGCGCUCCGGCUCGUCUGCAUGGGAACAGCCACCCGUCUCCUCGUGCCGCCCUGCCUUGCGCAGCCUGCUCGGGAGAAGCGCGCACCCCGCCUCGGCUUGGGCGAUCGCCUCCGGUGAGCGACCCAGGAACAGCCCCCCUCCGCCGCCCCUUCUUCUUCCUCCUCCUCCUCGGGCGGAAGAUGCGCGCCUGUCCGCCCGCCGCUGCGCUGCGGAGGAGCAGGUAAGGGCUCCCCGGGAUCGCCGUGCUUGGGAGAUGCCCAGGCGGCUCCUGCACCGUCCCUGUCGAGCUGCCCUUUGUGCGCGGGGGCGCUAGGGGUCCGCGGCGGCGGCGGGCGACCGGUGCCAUCCAAAGGGGGCGGCGGCGGCAGCAACAGCAGCAGCAGGAGCGUGUGGCCCAUGUUGGUUAGCGGCGUGGCCGCCGCCGGCGGUUCCCGCAGAGACUCAUGAGCAGAGGGGCGACCCUGCAGCGCCGGACCACCUACCUGAUCUCGCUGACCCUGGUCAAGCUCGAGUCGGUGCAGCAGCAAGAAGGCGACGACAAGGCGGGCGCCGGCGAUGGGGGCGUCCUGCCCGACGGCAGGGACGGCGGCCCCGCGCGAGUCUCGUCGCCCUGCGCGGCGGAUCCCUCCGGGCUGAAGGACCGCAAGGAAGCCGAGGAAGCGGCGGCCGCCAAGCUCAAGAGGCAGGAGCGCAUCUUCCACCGGCAGGAUGCGCUCUGGAUCAGCACCAGCAGCGCCAGCACGUCCGACUACCUGCUGCAGCUCUCGCCCAGCAGCCCCGGGACGCCCAGCUCGUCCCCGUCCCCAGAUGGCACAGGGCGGCCGGGCUCCGUGUGGACACCGCCCAGGGGCAGCGCGGGCCGAGGGAGCCCGUGGGACCCCAAGGCCAAAGCCGCCAUGAGCCCAGAAGGAAGACCCCUUGCGCCAAAGCCCGAAGGGCUGGGGUCUUUGGGUGCUCCGGCGGUGCCCCCCAAACCUGAGCUUCCAGUGCCCCCCAAGCCGGCGACAGCUGCGCUCUCCAAAUCUGAACCAGCUGUGCCCUUUGUAGCCCCGCCUUUGGCCCCCAAACCUGAACUGGCUGUGCCCUCUGUCGCCCCACCUCUGGCUCCCAAACCUGAGCCGGCUGUUCCUUCUAUAGCCCCGACUGUCCCCCCCAAACCUGAGCUGCCUCCAGCUGUUCUCUUUUCGCCCACCGCUCCUAAAGUUGAGGCUGCCAUUCCUCCAGCUGCAACUGCCAAGCCUGAAGUAACUGUGGUUUCUGCAGCUCCAGCUGUGGCUCCAAAACCCAAAGCCAUUUUGGUCCCCGUCGUUCCUCCCAUUCCCCCCAAGCCAGAGGUGAUUCCAAUCCCCCCCAAGGCUGGGCUGAAGGAGACCUUGGGGGUGCCUGGGGACGAGUCGCCAGUUCCAACGCCCACCACUGCCAGUUGCUCCUCCAGUGCUGCAGCGCCAGGGCGCCGAAUGUUGGUGAGCCAUGCCAGCUGGGGUGGCCCAGAGCCUGGGACCCUGGAAAUGAGUGUGGGCCGGGUGGGUGGUUCUUCUUUCUCACACUCGGGAGCCUCCUCUCCUCACCCAGCCGCUGGGAACCGCCGCCUUCGCCUGGCCACCAAUAAGCCUUUCAAGACAGUGACCACCAGCGGGGCCAAGGUGAGUGCUGAGCCAAAGGCUGGCAAAGGGGGCCACAAGGGGGCCACCCCCAACCGCUUGUCGUGGCCCGAGAGCGAAGUCAAGGGACGCAUGAAGGUAGCUGUCAAGGGCAGUGGGGAGACGGUCCCCAGAGGGGGAUCCCGGGCAAAACUAUCCCCUCACAAGAACAAAAGCAAGACUCUGGACAACAGUGACCUCAACCAUGGCCCGGGCAGUCUGGCCUCUUCUGGCUCCUGCUCCUCAGAGGCAGCUGUGGGGCUGAAGAGAGGCCGGGAGGGUGGUCGGGCCUCUACCCGGGACCGUAAAAUGCUCAAGUUCAUCAGCGGCAUCUUCACCAAGAGCCCGGCAUCCACUCCCACCCACCCUGGACCUGGCUGGAGCCUUAGCCAUAAGGAGCUGCUCAGCGUCGAACUGGCCAAGGGUGAAUUGCCCAAGGCCGUUGCAAACAGCCAAGAAUGGACUCUUGGACGUUCCGUUCCGGAGCUACGACUGGGUAUUCUCGGAACCAUCAAGAGUGGGAAAUCCGCCCUCGUUCAUCGUUACCUGACCGGCUCCUACUUGGGCCUGGAACCUGCAGAGGGGGGCCAGUUCAAGAAGGAAGUGGUGGUGGAUGGGCAGAGCCACCUCCUGCUCAUUCGAGAGGAAGCAGGACCUCCAGAUGCCAAGUUUGCAAACUGGGCAGAUGCCGUCAUCUUUGUCUUCAGCCUGGAGAACGAGGCCAGUUUUCAAGAACUGACCCAGUACUACGGGUUCCUCACAAACUACCGCGCGGUCUCCGACAUGGCUCUCGCGCUUGUGGGCACUCAGGAUAAAAUCAGUGCCAGCAACCCACGUGUGAUUGAGGAUUCCCGAGCCAGAGCUCUGUGCACUGAAAUGCGCCGCUGUCUCUACUAUGAGACAUGUGCCACUUAUGGACUCAAUGUUGACCGGGUCUUCAAUGAAGUUGCUCAGAAGAUUGUGAAUAUGAAGAAACAGCAGCAGCUCCUUGCGUCUUGCAAAUCGUUGCCCAGCACCCCCAGCCAUUCAGCCGUCUCCACGCCGGCAAGUAACGGUGGCCAAACGAGCGACUACUCCUCAUCCCUUCCUUCCACGCCCAACAUCAGCCACCGGGAGCUGCGUGGGGAGGCCACGGCUAUAAUUGGCACACCCAGCUCCCUGCAUCGCGGGACCAAACGCCGAACCAGCCUUUUUGCAAAUCGCAGAGGGAGUGACACCGAGAAGCGGAGCCUGGACAGCAGAGGGGACAACACGGGAAGUGGCCGAGCCAUACCCAUCAAACAGAGUUUCCUGCUGAAACGAAGCGGCAAUUCUCUGAACAAGGAGUGGAAGAAAAAAUAUGUGACUCUCUCCAGCAAUGGGCUUCUCUUCUAUCACCCCAGCAUUAAUGACUAUAUCCAUAGCAGCCACGGCAAAGAAAUGGACCUGCUCCGCACCACCGUCAAGGUGCCCGGCAAACGCCCACCCAGAGCCAUCUCUGCCUGUGGCACCUCCUCAAGCAUCAACGGUUUGGUCAAAGACGUGAGCAGCGUAGGAGUCGGGGACACCAGCACUUGCCCCAGUCCAGGUCUGCUGAAUCCUCCUGUCGACCCAGCGAUCAAACUCUUAGGCAAACCUGAGCGCCUGCAGCGAUCUGUGUCCUCUUCCAAGGCUGAGGUAGCCAUGGCUGCAGAAGGGCUCUCCAGCCCUGGCAGCGGUGGGAAAGAUCCACCUCCAUCCCCUAUGGUUGACAGAAAGAAGCACAGGAGGAAGAAGCUGUCAACGCCUUCAAAAACAGAGGGGUCUGCAGGGCAGGCAGAAGCCAAGCGUAAAAUGUGGAAAUUAAAAACCUUUGGUAGUUUAAGAAAUAUUUAUAAAACAGAGGAGGAGAACUUUGAGUUCAUCAUCGUCUCCAGUACUGGGCAGACAUGGCAUUUUGAAGCCAGCACCAUUGAAGAGAGGGACUCCUGGGUCCAGGCCAUCGAGAGCCAGAUCUUGGCUAGCUUGCAGUGCUGCGAGAGUAGCAAGAACAAGGCUCGCAUGGACAGCCAGAGUGAAGCAGUGGCAAUCCAGGCCAUCCGUAAUGCCAAAGGCAAUUCCUUAUGUGUGGACUGUGGGGCCUUGAACCCAACCUGGGCCAGCCUGAACUUGGGGGCCUUGAUCUGCAUUGAGUGCUCUGGCAUCCACCGGAACCUUGGCACCCACCUCUCCCGGGUCCGCUCCCUCGACUUGGACGACUGGCCGCUGGAGCUCACGCUGGUCCUCACCUCCAUCGGCAACGAAACGGCCAACAGCGUCUGGGAGAAAUGCACGCAAGGACGCCGGAAACCCACUUGCGAGUCGUCACGGGAAGAGCGGGAGUCAUGGAUUCGAGCCAAAUACGAGCAGCGGCUGUUCUUGGCACCCCUGCCCCCCUCUGAACUUUCCCUCGGGUGCCAGCUCUUCCAGGCCGUGCUGGACCAGGACCUGGGUGCUGUGCUGCUGUUGCUGGCCCACAGCUCCAAGGAUCAGAUCAACGCCCCCACGGGCGACAAAGACCGGCGCUCGGCGCUGCACGUGGCAUGUGACCUGGCGCACGUGGUUAUUACUCAGCUUCUGGUCUGGUAUGGGGCUGACGUGAAGGCGUGCGACGCCACUGGGCACACAGCCCUCUUCUACGCCCGCCAAUCAGGGAGCCAGGAAUGCACUGACAUCCUCUUGCAACACGGCUGCCCGAACGAAGGCUACAGCAGCAUCGCCACCCCUGGCCUGCGCCGGAAGAGCAGCAGUGCCAGCGUGGGAAGGACCGAGGCCCGAACUGCCCUGGUGUAGCAUCCCAGGGGGAGCCUCUUUCCCUAUCCCAGUGGUGCAGCAGGGGUCCAGCAACUGAUGCCUCUUCUCCCUAGGGAGACCCCACACCCCUCUGGCAUCCGGACUACGUGCCAAGGAGCUUGGAUCACGAGUUCCCGUCUCGCACAGGAUGAGGAGGUGGUGGCCACCCAGAGCUCUGCUCCAAUGGCUCUGCUUGGCGCAGGCUGCCGCCGCCGUCACCCAAACCACCUCGGCGGCUCGCGACUCUCCUCCCGACUGCCAGGCCUUGAGCUGCUCUGCUGGUCUCCAGGGCAACAGCCAUCUCUAAGGCAGGCCGCCAACGCCUGCGGGGAACAGAGAGAGCAAUGCGCCCCAGCGCUUGGAGUGAAGGAUCAGGGCCCAGGAUGGCUUUCUCUUCCCAGUUACUGGGGACUUUUAGAAAUGGGGAGGGCGGGGGUGGGCAAGUGGUGAGUGGGGGUUUUCCUUUUCUUUCUUUCUGUGUUUGUAACAAGCUUUGAAGGUGGAAUGUAAAUCAGUGUUAUUGGAGUGGUCAGUGACCCAGCCUCACCUAACCAACUCUAAGAGGGCCCAGAAAAGCUUGGCUGUCAGGGAAAAGGUUAAAAAUGGUCCAGCGAGUCUUAUCUUUUGUAAGGCAGUGUGCAGGGGCCUAAGGUUUGAGAGGGGGCCUCCAUGCCAUUUGCAGAGGGAGAAACCCUUUGGCCUUUCCACAUGGCCCUGCCAGGCCUCUCCAAAUAGGCCACCCCCCCUUUCAGUCUUGGCACCUUGAUUCCUUUCCCUCUGGGGAGGGGGCGAGAAGGCACUGCUUCAACCCUUCACCUUUUCUGCCUUUCAACAAGGUUUCUUUUUGGCCCUAAACCGCCAUGCGCACUCCCCCUCCCCAACCCACCAUGCACCUGCCACUGAUCUGCCCCCUCACCUGCUCUCUGCUCAUCCCUUCAAAUCACUUUCUGGUUCCUUGGGAGAGGCUCCCGCCAUCAGCCGCCAAAACACUGCCUGCCAGCUCAGGCAUGGCUGUUUGCUGUGAAUGCAGCUUAUAGCAGCCUGCUGGCGGUGUGGCCUACAAAAAGCCAGGAGAGUGUGACAAAGGACACCAAUAGGAAAGCCCAGGCCUUGGCUUUUAAAACAAGAGUGCUUUUAUAAAGGGUUAUUUGUUGAAAACUAAAGAAAAAAGGCCCUUCCCUCCCUCCCCCUGUCACCCAGACACCACCUCCACUUCCUUCUCUGGCUAGACUACUGCUGUUUUAAUUUAUUGCUUCAUAAAACUCUUCCCUCUCUCUGGCUGGGCAGCAUGUCUGGUGCCAGGGUUCGUCGUCCUCCUGUCCCAUCACUGCAGCAGAGGCACCUGUGUGGUUUGCGAUGAGUGGUGUGGCCUCAGGCUUUAUUUCAAAUCUGUGAUGAGGGUCAUGGCAAUGAAUUCCAGGAGGAAGGUGAACAGGCACUGACUCCCCACAGUGGUUGGCUGUGGCUCAGUUCAUAUCCGGGCUGCUUUGUUCAGGGCUGGAGCUAACGAGUGGGCCAGAUGCACAAGCCCACCUCAGCCACAUCAGAGGCGCCAGGCCUUUCUCUGCCCUUCUGAACUGGACCACACUCAUGAAUGUAUUGGCAAUUGUGUUGCACGAGGCUUACAGGCCCUGGGUGGAGGUGGAAGGGCCUGCUGGCAAGGACCACCCUGGUGCCACUGCCUCCUCCCCUCCCUUGCAGAGUGAAGAAAGCUGGGCCUGGCACAACCAGAUGUUGAGAGGGGCUACCUUGCACCUCGGACCCCUGCGCUCCUCCUCCCCCCGCCUUGGAGGACUAGAGCCUGUGGUCAUGACGGGGACAGGUGGGGUAUGGGGGGGUCUUGAAGACUGAAUGUAAUUUAUGCUGUUGGGCAUGGCAGUUCAGCACAAGGUUCUAGGAGAGCCUCUGGUGCAAGCCCUCACAGUGGGAUGGGAUUAUAAUACCUCCUGGGGGGAAAUGUGAGGUUUGGGGGUGGGGGGAGGGGGACGCAGAAGUGCCAGAGCUGAUAGUAUUGGCCCUGUGCCGCUGUUGUAAUCUCUUGGAUUGUAACUUGUAAGUACGUGACAAUGUAAGAAGAUGUAAUAACAAAGACUGGUUAUUCCUUCUUGUGA